ACAGACCGCUGCUUAUAGUGCUGGCUCACGUUCUGGAAUAUGUUUUCUAACACAUGGCAAAUAAAUGGAAAGGUUUACUUUCAAGCAAAAGGCGGAUUAUUUCUACCUAAAAGUUAACCUUGAGUUUGAUGCUGGGAAUGAGGUUUCCUUUGAUAUUUUGACGUUUAAAAGACUGCUUUUGAUUGCACUGGAUUCUCUACACGGCCAGGUUGGCAGUUCAAUCCCUGUAGAUGUGCUGAAGUUUGACCCCGUGCCAUUAGAAGCAGUUAUCAGAAUACCAGAGAGUGGCUUGGUGAAGGUCUGGAGUGCGCUGACACUGUAUGGAUCACACCAGGAAGUCAAGUGCGCUUUCAGAGUGACUCAGGUUUCUCCCCAUUUGAUUGCCUUGGCAGCAAAUAGCAGACAAUGGAAACUUGAUGGACUGCAACAAGAGGUCAACCUUAGUAGCUAACACUUCUUUGGGUACACGGCCAACCUUAGUAGCUAACACUUCUUUGGGUACACGGCCAACCUUAGUAGCUAACACUUCUUUGGGUACACGGCCAACCUUAGUAGCUAACACUACUUUGGGUACACGGCCAACCUUAGUAGCUAACACUACUUUGGGUACACGGCCAACCUUAGUAGCUAACACUACUUUGGGUACACGGCCAACCUUAGUAGCUAACACUUCUUUGGGUACACGGCCAACCUUAGUAGCUAACACUUCUUUGGGUACACAGCCAACCUUAGUAGCUAACACUUCUUUGGGUACACGGCCAACCUUAGUAGCUAACACUUCUUUGGGUACACGGCCAACCUUAGUAGCUAACACUUCUUUGGGUACACGGCCAACCUUAGUAGCUAACACUUCUUUGGGUACACGGCCAACCUUAGUAGCUAACACUUCUUUGGGUACACGGCCAACCUUAGUAGCUAACACUUCUUUGGGUACACGGCCAACCUUAGUAGCUAACACUUCUUUGGGUACACGGUCAACCUUAGUAGCUAACACUUCUUUGUGUACACAGCCCAGUUUGGUGGAGUAUUUGUUAGACACGUGAGUUGUCUGAUACAACUCACACUCCUAUAAUAUCUAUUUCACCAUUCCUUCCUUUAGAAGGUUCACAAAUUACUGUGAUUAAGGACAGAUAGACAUACAGUAUGACCACAUCAAUGGCUAAGCCUUAGCACCAUUGACUUUGAGCAUACAAACAUUUGUCCCAUUUGUCCCAUUUGUCCUAGUGAUGAUUAGGGCUAUCCUAGAACAAGGCAAAUAAAAUAUAUCCUAUUAAAAAUGUAAGUAACAUACAUGAACCAGAAUAUAGUGGAGACAUGAUGGUGAAACUGUUCAAAACAAGUUAUAUUUAUUUCCUUUUUACAAGAAAAAAAGUCAAAAUACAGAAUCCUUCGUCCACAAUGCAUACAACUGACAGUGUAAAGUGAACAAAGUAUUGAAAAUGUUCUGUAGACUACUUUCUUUUUAUUCUUAUUAUUAAUGUCACAUCCAUGUGCCUUCUUCUCUGGCAAAAUGAUCUUUGAUGAAGUCUGAAGAAAAUAAAGAAAACAUCCAUGAUGGUAUUGGUAAAACAUGAACAUUUAGACAAGCGUAACUAAUUGAACGGAGAUUACUUCCUCGAUCCUCGAGGAAACGGAAAGAUAUUAAAGGUAUUUCUUCUUA